AUGUUAAGGGAUAAAAGGCUGAAUGUAAUCGCUUCAGUAUUGGAUUAUUGGAUAGACUCGCCAUUACAGUUCUAUGGAGGAAACUUCUGCCGCGGAGAAUCGUUGCUGUACGGCCAUAUAAUAUUUGCAGAGGGUGGCAGUAUUACAGAAGCUAACCCUAUAUGUAGUGCGGAAAAAGACACAAGCGGUAAAUCAGAAGCCCAUUCUUUAGAAGAUGAAAAUAUUGAACCAGUAAAGAAAGCGAAACUAGAGGUAGAUUGUGCUGAAGAGUUGCCGUUUGCAUACUUUGAAAAGCAACCCACAAGCGCUUCGUUGUUAUCUCGAAACGAGGAAUGUGAAACGUCCAUUUCGGCAGACGGUAUUAGUGCUCAGAAAGCAGAGGCAUCAAAACGUGUCAAAGAAUCGAAGGAAUCUCGUGAUUUUAGGAGCCUAAUUUUGAGUAGUGAAAACUUUAAAGGAUGGCGGUUGCAGGAGGGGCCUUGCGCGGAGAAGUAUUACAACCCGUGUUUAAUAUGUUCUCUUAACAAAAAUAGAAAGGACAAAAGCGACUGCAGAUUUUACAAUAGGAUAAGGUCAGUGAAUAAUCCGAAAGAGUGUCGUCGCCUGACUAUUGCUGAUGCAAGGUUUUUUGUUGAUGAAGCAAAAGCUUCAACAUUAGGUGCAGUAAUUACGAAGGAUUUUUGGAAAGCAAAUGCGGUUAACGGACGAAGGCGUGUUACACGAUCUUCAAAACAGUUACGCAGCCUGAGAUUCACUCGAAGGGACGCUCAUUUUGCUGCGUAUAUUUUACAGUGUGUUCGUUCUGAGUUUGAAAAAAUUGUUCGACGGGAAGAUCAGAUUUUGCAGCGGGACCGUUCAGCGGAUGGAGUGUUUUUUAGCCAUUCGUUUAAUUGCAAUCAGAUAUGUGAUGUUUGUAAUUGCUCGAUUUUAAAUGCUCAUUACUGCUGUAUUAUUUGCGGUCUUGAGCUGUGCUGGUUAUGUUACGACGAACUCAACCACCCACCAAAGGCUGGUCCAUUUCCAAAAUGGCUUAAACGUCUUUUCUGCUUAGACGGCGUUGAACAUAUUGCGUCCAUGUUUCAUCUUGGCUCAUUUUUGCCAGUUCUUGAUAUAUACAGAAAUGUGUUAAAAAAGGCCGACGAACAGUUUAAACGUUAUGGUAUAUAUUCUGGGGGGCCAAUGUGUAAUGGAAAUCAUGGCAGGAGAUAUUUUCAAGAGGAGAAAUGUUACUGUCCCAGACAAUGUGUUGAUAUACAAGCAUCCGAUGGACUUAUAUGCAGGAUAAAAGACACUCGUGAUCCAAACGCAAUAUCUGAAUUUAAAACUCAUUUGGCUUCUCAUGUACCGAUUGUUGUGGAAAAUGUUAACGAACAUCCAGAUUUUUAUCCCGCAGUUUGGAGUCGUGAAGCUUUGGAAAAAGUCAUUUCAAGUCAGAAGAAGAUUCGUAUUUUGGACUGUCAGACGUUAAAUCAGGCAUAUUUGGACGGAAAAGCUUGUACAUUAUCACAAUUUUGGAAAAAAUUUGACUCAAAACACAUUGACGGGGAGCCAUAUUUGAAAAUCAAAGAUUUCCCAGAAACGACGAUGUUUGCAAAAGUGGCUCCUCAACAGUACACAAAUUAUUUUAAUAUUUUGCCGUUUCUUGAUUACACGCAAAUCAGUUUGAAAGAUGAUGGAACUGGAAAGCUGAAUUUGCUGAACGUAUUUGAAGAGCAAGAGAAUUUAGUUGAUCCUGGACCAAAGGCUUAUGUUGGAGUAGGUUUGUGCGCCACCCCUCAUCUCGCUUCGACACCUUUACAUCUAGACGUUUCCGACUCCCUUAACUUUCUGGCUGUCGUCCAGCCUCCAAAAGAAUUAUCUCGUGGAGAUUUGUGCAAAGUAAUAACAGAACGUCUUGACUCUGAGGGUGUGUCUGAAAGUGAGAAGGAACGGGCUUUAAAACGACCUGAUAAAGCUGGAGCUCUUUGGAAAGUUUUUAAGCCAGAUGAUACACUUCUUUUACGAAAUUCUAUAGUUGAUUGGAAGCGUCAAAAUGGAGAAAAGUUCGAUGGAGAUGUUAUACAUAAUCAAGACGUCGUGAUUACUCCAGAAUUUCAGUCUUUCCUGAAGCAAAGAGGUGUCAGCUGUUAUCAGUUCAUUCAGUGCGAGGGAGAUGUAGUAUUUGUCCCAUCUGGUUCAGCUCAUCAAGUUCAAAACUUGAACUCUUGUAUAAAAAUUGCCGAGGACUUUGUAGCCGUUGAGGGUGUUGAAUAUGUUGUUAAAAUAUCGGAUGAUCUUCGGAGGCUGAAGCACGGAAAUGAUUUAAUUAGACCAUUUCGAGAAAUUUCAAUCGGUCAAAGUCGCAAAGAAACAGGUAUUUUCCCUUUUGGUAAGCACCUACGUAUCGAUACUGUUAUCUAUCGAGCUUGUUCGACAGCCGUGGAAGCUCUCGCGAAUUUUGAGCCUUGUUUGGUACCGUCUUCGCUGUAAAA